AUGGAGUCGCAUAAUCUACAGGCGGCUUCGACCUAUGUCAACAACAUCCUACUGGCAAGGGGCCUGCUAAAAGGUGGUCGCGCUAUCGAUUUUGCCGACCCAGAAAAUGAAGAUGGAGGGAUAGAUGGCACCAUGGCUCGUGUGAUCAACUUGGUCAACGAUCUAGUGUUGAGACGAGACCGCGAGUCCGAACACCGCGAGAGCUUAUCUACGACAAUUCGCACGCUGCAAGCCAGUGAGGCGGAGCAGACCACGGAGAUCGAAAAAUUGAAAACGAAGACAAGCGAGUUGACCCGCUCGCUAGCUCUGGCAGAGGCGCAGGAACGCACGUUCAAAUCGAACAUGUCUAGCGCCGAAGCGAGCAUCCGAAGCUUCAAAGAACAAAUCCAGCGUAUGAAGAGCACCGUUCAACAAGUCCGGGCGCAAUGCGCCAACGAUAUUCGCAAGCGGGAUUUGGAAAUGCAGAAGCUCAAGUCGCAUCUGGCUGAGAGACAACGAGGCAAGCGCGAGGGGCUGAGUGUGACUACCAUCAAUAUCAACCCUGCGUUGGAUCGAUCGCGUCUUCAAGCUAGCGGCGGGGAACGGGUACAUGACCCUGGAUAUAGUCUGAAGCAAGAAACGACUGAAUUCUUGACCGAGUUGUGUCAGCAUCUCAGUGAUGAGAAUGAUACCCUGAUUGAGCUUGCGCGAAGCACUGUCCGUACUUUGAAGGAUCUACAAGGCUUAACGCAGCCUGAGAAUGGGGAAAUCGAGCAGUCGGGUAUGGCUACAAGCAUAGGGGCUCAGAAGUCCUCUUCGGGGCCUGUUACUUCGCUUCCAACCUCUUGUGAAGAACUAUCCGUUCAAAUGGAAGCAGUUCUAGAGCAUCUACGAACACUACUCACCAACCCCUCAUUCGUCCCUCUUGAAGAGGUUGAGGUGAGAGAUGAAGAGAUCAAAAGGUUGCGGGAAGGCUGGGUAAAGAUGGAAUCCCGGUGGGAGCAGGCAGUCACCAUGAUGGGCGGGUGGCAACGUCGUCUUGCAGAUGGAGGAGAUUCUAUCCAAGCGGACGAAUUGAAGCGCGGCAUGGACCUCGAUCUUAGCAUCAACUCAACUCAGGACAUGAGCAUGCAAAGCUUACCAGAGUCCAAUCCCAUCCCGACAAUCCUGGAGGACCAGUAUGAGGAGGAAGAUGUGAGUGAGCCAGAGGAUAAAGCACCAGAGCCCGGGCUGCUCAAUCCGCCGAAGAUGAGGUCCAAGAUUCGCAAAGUACCCGAGCGACCCGACCGCGUUCUGAGAGAACGCAGUGAAAACGCCAUGACAAAGCGUCCCCGGAAGGUAUCAUUUACGCCAGGUUUACAAGGUUCGCCAUGUGUGGACAAUACCGAUGACGAGACUCUUAAAGUUAAAGCCUACAAAACCGAGACUGUGACCCGCAGGCCAACCAGGCGAAAGACCGAAAUAAAGGAAUCCCAUCAGUCUAAGAGCAACGGAUCACUAAGCGUGCACCAAAAGCUUGCUGCUGUCGAAGACGAGGCCCGCGCCGCUCAAACUGAGCAAAAGGAGCGUGAAUCACGAAAGAGAAGUCGAACCGAGAAGGCGUCCAGGCCAGUCAAUCGGCGUCGCAGUACUCUCACCACUGAUGAGCUCGACGAGCUGAUGGGCGUGGCCCGGUGA